UUCUCAUUUUAUGUGGAGGUUUAUAGGGGUAACUGACACAAAAGCAUGAGACGUAUUACAGUAAUUACAGAUUAUCCUUAAAGGUUUAAUUAAUAUAGCUCUGACAUAUUGAGUAGGGAUCUUUUUCAUACACACAUAUCUGAUUUACUCUCCGGAGCGGACAGUUGUGUGUGCAUCAGCCUCCAUACGGGCAAUCUGAGCUGUCAGCUGCUGCACAAGCCUUCUACCGAGUACCAACCAGCUCCACACAGGCACCCGGAAGGCACCAAAGUCAAUUUAAGAAGACAACAUGAAUCGCUUUAGGACAUCCAAAUUUAAAAACACAACUCCCAAGAUCUCCAAGAAAGAGGAAUGGAUCAGCAAUGUUCAUGGCGGUUCCAUCUUCUGCCAGGGGAACCACAUCAAAGCAAGCUCCAAACUGGUGGUUUUCAGUACAGAGCAGGCUGGGGGAGGUAUGCUGGGCUUGUCUUCAGUCAAACCUGGGACAGAUGACCAGUGGAAAGUGACACAUAUUUCCUGUCAUUCAGAGUUGGUGUCUGACAUGGAUUUCUCCCCAUUUGACGAGUACCUCCUUGCAACAUGCUCUGGAGAUAAUACUGCAAAGCUGUGGCAUCUGUGUGAUCCAGAGUUGGAGCAGCCCUCUGAACCAGAGCUGACCUUACAUCCAGGACAGGGCAAACUGGAACUGGUGAUGUUUCAUCCCACCUCGUCUGGGCUUUUGACAUUAGGGGCCACCAACUCACCGCUUCUCUGGGACACCAGCCGCCGAGAUGCCCCUUUAGCAGUUCUGGAGAAUCACAGUGAUCAGUUGCAGAGCUUGAGCUGGAAACAAGACGGUUCACUGCUGGCUUCCUCCUGUAAG